AUGCCCGACAUGUCCGACCGACAGGAGGAUGUCUUGAGUGAUCUGGAAGAAGAGGCAGCAUCACUCAACCGCAGCGAAGACAGCAGGUGCGCCAGGAACGAGCUCAAUGAUGCAGCCAUCCAGAAGUAUAGCAAGGUACACGAGGACGAGUUCGAGGAGCUGUGGUUGCCGGGCGGCGUGGCAGAAGAGAUGCGCCAGUGUUGGCAGGCCUUCCUCGCAAAGUACGCCGCCGCCGAGCUCGCAGGCCUGGCCAUCUACGACGCCAUCUUUGAGGAUGCCCCGAACUUGCGGUCGAUGUUCAAGUCUCCGAGAACAGUCUUUGCGCUGACCUUCACCAACUUUCUGAGCAACAUCCUUUCCAUGACCAGCAAUCCCUCUACUCUGAGGUCUUCCGUGGAGACACUCGGACUGCAGCACCUGGAUCGCGAAGUGACUCCAGCGCGGCUGGCAGUCUUCUCAGGGGCCGUCUUGACCAGCAUGGAUGCUGAGCUGGGCCAUGAAUUCACCCCUGACGCUCGUGCGGGGAUUGUCGCGAUGCUGAACUACAUCGGUGGUGCCAUGGUGUACUGCCGAAGGGAGUUUGGCACACGGGUCAAGAUCAUCCAGCGCAGCUGGAAAAUUGCCACCCACCACCAGACCGAGGUGCCCUCGGAAUCGGAAGACAUCGAGCAAGAGCCGAUGUCAUCCUCGGAGCAGCAGCAAACAGAGGGGAAAGAGGACGCAGAGGCGUCCAGCGAGAAGAGGAAAGCUAAGGACAAGUCGGAUGACACAGCACGCCUGGAGGUGAAGGUUCCCACCACCUUCCACGAGAUGUUUCUCUUCAAUGUGGCGGUCAUGGGUUGCGCCGACUGCAAGUGGAUGCACAUACUCCUCGAACGCUUCGAUGCCAUGGCGACGAAUGUGGCCAGCACCACACGGCUGCAAGAGGAGUGUGAUGUGCUUUCUCUGCGCCUCGCAAAAUACAACGGCCAGGUCGUCCUUCCGCAGUUCAAGGCAGUAAUGUUGGCUUCAUUGAGGUCCAUGGUUCCCAAAGAUUGGGAUAUGGACCAUGAGGUCGCGUGGACUUGGUUUUGGGAGAACAUGGAGAAGCUGCUCAAGAAGAUGAUGGGCAUGCCACAAGCAUACAACAAAGUGCUCAAGAACUUGCUGAGCAACCUGGACGAGGCCAGCAUCAGCCGGACGCGGCAAGUGGUCUUUGAACGCUUCUUUGAGCUUGCGCCAGAUGCCGAGAACUUCAUGAAGCAAUCGUCGACCAGGAUGUACUACAUUGCGGACAAGGUCAUGGAGAUGACAAUUGACAUCUACGAUAACCCACAGAAGCUAGUAGACGAUAUCUCAGGUCUUGGCUUGCGCCACGUGGGGUACGGUGUGCCCUCCGAGUACUUUCCGCCCAUGGUCCAAGCUUAUUGCGAGGCGAUCGACAACCUUAGUCCUAGGUCAUCGGCAGCCUUCCGAUGGUCGCUGACACUGAUCACUAAGAUUCUGACCCGCGUCAUCCUCGAAGGGUCCACGGUCGUGAUGAGGGCGAUCAACACCAAUCAGGAGUCUGCCGUUCGGCAAGCCGUGGCAGUGGCUCCACGUGGAAAGCGGGCCAUGAGCGUGUUGAGCAUCUCUGUGGGUACCCAGACGAUCUCGCCUUUGUACUGGGCCAUCGACAGUGGUAGGCUCAACUGCGCAAAGGCCAUCAUUGAGGAUUUGCUGACGAUCCGAGCCGACCGUGACGUGUACUACUACGGAUGUGAAGCCUUGUUCACCCGCCAUCCUGAGAUUGUACAGAAGAUGUGCGUGAGUGCUCCGAGUCUGCUGAUUGCUCUCUUGGAAGGUUUGGUUUGGCGCUCGAGGAUCACCAAGGAUGGCAGCCGCCGCGUGAACCUCUACAUCAAGCACCUGGUGCAGGACAGCAAGGGAGCCUUCAGCCCUACACUCCACUGGCUUGUGCGGUACAAAGACCCGAAGAUCAUGAGCCAUCUCGUCGUGGCCUUGACGACGGACCUGAUUUGGAGCCGGUUCGCCGCGUUCCAGUUCCUCCGGAACAAGUUCUGGUUCCUCCUCACGCUUGGCAUCUUCUUCGUGAGCCAGUCCAUCCUGAAAGAGCAGACCGGUGUCGAAGAAGUGUUCGAGGCAAACGUGGCGCGCUUUGUGCUGCGCCUGUGGCUGUACCUCGCGGGCAUGUGUGGCCUGUACAGCGUGGUCAAGAAUGUCGCCUCUGAAUACUCCUGCGGCCAAGUGAUCAGGACCUCCACCAUUCGGACCAUUCACAUCCCAAGAUCCAUGACCGAUGCCAAGCAGAUCGGUCGGCUCGCCCUGGUUUGGGUGUUGAUGGCAAUGCUCGCCUUUGAGCCCAUCCUCCGCUGCGCUUCCACGAUGGACAGUCAGAACCAGUACUUGCUCUUCACUUCGCGCUGCGGAGUGGAGGAGGAGAUCCGGAUCUACUCGAUGUUCUCCGCCAUUGGUAUGGUACUGUUCUGGCUGCUCUUGACCGAUUGCACAGUCUUCUCCAUGCGGCUGUCAGCAUUCAUGCUGGUUUGUGGCUGGGUCGCUGCGGAGGUGUGCCUCUUCCUCCUUGCGCUGCUGUUCCUCAUCCUGACCUUCUCCACUGCAUUGAGCUCCUUGCAGCAUGACUUGGAGGAGUUUAAUGACACCACGACAUGGGUCAGCGCGCUGGCGCAAAUGGUGCUCGGGAUGUUCCCAGCCUCGGACUUCAGCGCGACCCAGCAAGACUUGCCCAUCUUUGUGUGCCUCACCUUCUUCAUGGCGUUAGUUAGCAUCCUCCUCAUGAACCUCCUGAUCGCCCAGCUGGUGGAGUCCUAUCGCGCCAUGUUCGCCGACAUCAUCGGCUUCGCUCGGCUCAAUCGAGCCAGUGUGGUGGUGUCCGUGCUGGCAGAGGCUCACCCAGCGCGAUUCGCAAGGUUCCUCCGCACGCUGCACUUCGAAGACCGCCUGGAAUUCAACGAAGGCGACUCAGGCCCGGCUGGGGGUAUACAGAUUCAAGAGCCGGCGAAUGAGCACACGGUGACCGAGGACUCUAUCCUCCGAUACGGCGGCCCCACAGCACCAUCCGUCCCGUGGCCAGAGGAUGAGCGGAAGGCGGAGGAGAGCGCCGAAGAGAAGCUGCAGCAUGUGGCGAACCGGCUGGGGAGCAUGGAGAAGCUGCUGAGCAAGAUGGCAAAGAGCCAGGGCAUGAAUCUCAAGAAUGGCUCGCGGUUGUCAGCAAGCAUGAUCAGCAAGUCGACGUGCUCCAUGUCGACAUGCUCAGACCCACACCAAUGA